UCCGAUCCGAUCCCACCCCCAUCCCAUCCACGUCGGCAACGUCACAUUAUUCACGGCCUUAUCUAUAAAUCCAAAAGAUCAACUAACCACUUUUAACGUGAAUUUCUUCUCCUACUAUAAAACGUUCCACUUCUUCUCACAUCUUCCCGAUCUCAGCGUUUCCGAUCGAUGAAGUUCUGCCCUGUUUUUAGCUCCUGCUGCCGUCCUACGGCUAAGAGAACCACUGCCAUCGCCACUCAAGCGCCGCUGCUGAGCCGCACCGAGGAUGUUGGCGACGCGAAGAGCCACCAGUCGGAAUCCGAGACCACACAAUGGCGGCCCAAGCUCUCUAUGAUCGCUGAAGACGGUGUCGUUGCGGAUUCCGAUAUCAAGCUUGGACAGCGUGAGAAGAAAUCUUCGAGUAGCAGAUCCACGGUCAAGCAACGCAAAUUUGGCAGCAAUAAUGAGUAUUGCAGGAAUACUCUGCCGAUGAUAAUUCCGGCAUUCUCACCGACGCCGUUCAUGUUUUGAGAGCGUGACUGCUUGGCUUCUGCUUUUGGUCAUGUUUGUUUAAAUGUUCAGUUUUUGCUGUUCAAUUUCAAUUUAGUGGAUAAUUCCCGAUAAAAGAAAAUUGUAGUUUGCUAUAUAUAUAUAU